AAUCAGCCGAUUAUAAGGAAGAGACAAUUAAUGAGGACACAUUUCGGUGAUUAUCGAGCUAAAAUGGCUUCAGAGGAGAAAAAAUUGUCUAAAAAUGUACUGAGAAUCACUUUGAUAUAUGCCCGGAUAUGAACCAUGGAAGAUAGUGGUUGCCCAAUUUGGCAUCAAACCACACAUUCACAACAGUAUUAAGGUAUACUUAAUUUAAAUUUAAUUGUUUUCAGUGACAAGUAAAAUCAAAAUAUCAGAAGUACAGGAAAAACCAAAGGCAACAUUUUUUAGGAAAUCUGUAUUUCAAACUACAGGAGAUGAGUCGUUCCGUUUUAAUUUCGAUUUGACUUCAGAUCAAAUAGAAAAUGGAAAUAUUUCUACCGUUACAGAAGAAAAUAACAAAAUUGGUAACACAGAGUCUGUUAUAGCCGAUGACAACAUACAGGGAAACUCUAAGGAUCACAAUACUGAAGAAGCAAACAAAGACAGUACAAAAAAAUUUAAGUUCUCUUUUUCAAGUUCUCAAUUUAAAUUUAAUUUCGAUGU